AUGGCUGGGUUGAAGCCCCAGAUCUGUCCAUGGCUGACCCUGCCCAAGGUGACGGGGAAGUGGGUUCCUGCAGUAGCCAGCUUCUUCUUCCUUCUGUCCGUGGCUAUGACUGGCUGCUUUCUAUGGCAGUAUCAUCUCAAGAAGGAGGACCCUGGCUCCUCUGGGAUGGCGGUGACCUCAGAAACGGUGAGGAUGUGCCCGCAGUAUCCGGAGCCUGUGCCGCUCCAGCAUCCCCUCCCCGUGCUGAAGGAGGCCCUGGAGAAGGUGGACAAAAUUCUACGGCAAACAAUGCUCACUGCCCCCGGCCUCAGCGCCAUGUCCGCUGUGGUCAUCUACAAUGACACUGUGCUGUGGACAGGGAACUUUGGCUGGAAGAAUGGCUCGGACAGAGCCUCAGGGCCCCCCAGUGAAUAUACCAUCUACCGGAUUGCCAGCAUCUCCAAAAUCUUCCCCACGCUUAUGCUGUACCGCCUGUGGGAGGAAGGCAUUGUGGCAUCCCUGGAUGACCCCCUCGAGCGCUACGCCCAAGGAUUCACCAUCAAAAACCCGCUGGGAGCAGGACUGCGGCCUGCAUGGGGAAGCCUGAUGGAGGGGCUGGAGAAGGGGGUCCCAGCCCUCCAACCUACCACAGUGACUCUCCGAAGAAUGGCCAGCCAGCUCUCAGGGCUUCCCAGAAGACUCCGCUCGACUACCCUGCUCUGGCAGGGAAGCACUGAGGAAGCUCUGGCUCUCCUGAAGGAUGAUGUUCUCGUGGCUGAUCCUGGAACCAGGUGUCAUUACAGCACCUUGGCCUUCUCACUGCUGGCCCAUGUGUUGGCCGGCCACACGGACAAUAAGGACUACCAGCACUGGGUGUCCGAGAACAUUUUAGAUCGGCUGGGGAUGGAGGACACAGGCUUUGACCUGGUGCCCUGGGUGCAGGCCCGGAUGGCCGCAGGCUUCUAUGGCAGUGGGCACCCUGCCCCACUCUAUGACCUAGGCUGGUAUCGGCCCUCUGGCCAGAUGUACUCCACACCUGCUGACUUGGCCAAGCUGGCAAUGGUGCUCCUUGGAAGUGUCCCUCAGGGCGUCUUGGCACCAGAUACGCUUAAGACCAUUCUAACUCCUCUCCUCGCCUGUCCUGGCACCUACUUUGCCAACCAGACAGGCACGCCGUGGGAGUUCCAUGCCCAGCGGGGCUACAGCGUUGUGCGGAAGGAUGGGGACCUGGAUGGCUAUGCGGCCACCUUUUCGCUGGUCCCUCGGUUGAAGCUCAGCUUUAUCGUGCUCAUGGCUGGACCCCGUCCGCCAGGGCCAGACCUGGUGACCCAAGUGUAUGAUGUCCUCAUCCCCGCCUUGGAGAUGGCCUUCCGGGAGGUGGAGGGGAGCCUGGCACCGCCGCCUCGGCCAGGCCCUUACCUGGGCUUCUACACCUACGCCAACCUGACCUUCUACGAGAUCCUCGUAGGGCCCUCAGGGGUCCUUCGCAUGCGGCAAUUUGGGCCCCGAGUGGAGAAGCUGAUCCCGGCCAAGUUCCGGACCCUGAAGUUGCACCACCUGCAGGGCAGGGUAUUCCAGCUGGUGGUGGACAAAGCGUUCCCUUGUGUGCUGCCCCUGGGGGCCGCCUGGCUUCCCUUGGAGAACCAGCAUGGCCAGCUCCUCAACUUUUAUCCCUUUGACCAGAGGGGGCUCUCCCCAGGCUUCGACGCUCCUGGCUUGAACACAUACAAAGUCCUUCGGAUGGCCCAGAAACCCGUCUUUAGCACUUCAGUUUGACCUCCCCCACCCUUCCCCGAUUGGCUCUUUGGAUCCAGCUGGUACAACAGACACCAGCGCUGAGCUUUGGCCAGGGGGCGCUAUGGAACCACGGGAAGAGCAUGGACGGGCCCCAGUUUGAGUACCGGAUGGGACACUGACUCGCUGGGUGACUUUGGACGAAUUCCGCUCCCUCUCUGAACCUCAUUUCCCUUAUCUAUAAAACGAUGGCCUCCGACGAGAGGGCUCCCAAGGUUGACUUUUGGCUCCCAGCAUUCUGUGCUCUAAGAUCAUAGAUUUAGAGCAGGAAGGAGAACCUUAGAUAGCAUCUAGUCCAGCUCCCCCAAUUUAUAGAUGUGGACACUGAGGCCCAGAGGGGUUAGACUCUAUGUGUGGACCUUAGAUGGCAUCUGGUCCAACUUCCCCAAGUGGGGAAACUGAGGCCCAGAGGGAUUAGACUCUAUGUGUGGACCUUAGAUGGCAUCUAGUCCAGCCCCCCCAAUUUAUAGAUGUGGAAACUGAGGCCCAGAGGGAUUAGACU